AUGAACGCCAUUUUAAUUAUGAACCCCCGUACGCUUCAAAGUUCUAGCGUUGACAGCGUGGUUGGUGGAGGAUCUAAUUUAUUCGUGGUUUUACUUUUCUUACUUGGACAUUUUUUACCAAAGAAAUUUUUUUUCACAACCUUCACAAAGAUGGAAGAACAAAUUAAAACAUGGAAAAGAUCACGUGUUAUGCACAGAGUAGUCGCUAAAAAAUGUCUUUCUGAAACACAUGCUAUUUUGCAGCAAAACGUAACGACAGAAACAUUUCAUAACUUAGAACAAGAACUUUUGACAAAUGAGAAAAUUCUUAACGAAAAGAUGAACAUUCUUAAGGAUCUGGAUGAGAAAAUUUUAUCGAAUAUUGAUGAAGAACAUGAAAUGGAAAACGCUAGUUUGGACUGUUACGAAUUUCAAAGAAGUGUAACGAAGGGUAUAAUUAAUAUUCAAUCUUGGUUGAAGCGAACUCAUUUGGAUAGUGUGUCUACUAUUUCGGCUGACGAAGCGCGUAGUUUUCAUUCUGCCACUUCUUUCUCUAAGUCCGCGAAGCUUCCUAAAUUAACCUUGCAAAAGUUUAGCGGCGACCCUUUAAGCUUCCAGUCAUUUUGGGACGGAUUUGAGAGCGCUAUACACUCAAACGAAAUGCUUGAUGAUAUUUCGAGAUUUAAUUACUUAAAAGGACUGCUUGAAGGAAGCGCUAGUUUGAGCCUUCAAGGAUUGGCGCUUACAACUGACAAUUACAAGGUGGCUGUACAAAUUCUAAAGGAAAGAUUUGGCGAUACUCAAACUAUUAUCAGUGCUCACAUGGAUGCGCUCCUCAAUAUCGCACCUGCUAAAAGUUGUGAUACGACAGAAUUGCGCACAAUUUUUGAUUUGAUAGAAGUGCAUACCCGUAAUCUUCAGUCUCUUGACGUUGAAUCCAAGGCGUAUUGUCCAGUCUUAAUUUCUAUUGUAAUGAAUAAACUACCAGGUGAUUUUAAACUUGAUAUUACUCGUAAAAUGCAGCAGGGAACAUGGAAAAUAGGCGACUUAAUGAACUGCUUUAAAGAGGAACUCAUGGCGCGCGAGCGCUGUUGUGCGAUGGACCCUAACACAGGUUUUGCUUCCACAUCCCCUUCUUUGACUCUUUUUUCUCAGCAAUAUAACGCUGAAAGAAACCCUCGGAAACAGCAGCAUGGACGAGUCAACUCUAUCUCCUGUUCUUAUUGUAAGGGUUCCCAUAAUUCUAACAGGUGUACCGUAGUUACAGACGUCACAGCAAGGAAGCAAAUCAUUCGUGCUAAAAACAGAUGUUUUAAUUGUUUAAAGUCCGGACAUCUCGUUAGAAAUUGCAACUCUAAAAACACGUGCUUUAAGUGCAAGGGAAGACAUCAUAUCUCCCUUUGUGACCCUAAGGGUGGAGGCGAGCGAAACAAAAAUAACAACGAUGGACAGGUUCCGCAUUCUCAGGAUGAUGAACAAAAUCCAUUAUCAAAUGUGAACGUCGUUGGUUGCCAUGACAGUACGCUGCUGCAAACAGCAAAUGCGCACUUGUUAAAUACUGACGAAAAUUCCGUUGUUUUUUCUGGUUGUGUGCUCUUUGAUAACUGUUCGCAAAAAUCAUUCAUCACAAGUAACGCAAAACAACGAUUAAAAUUAAAAAUCAUCCGCAGCGAGAUUUUAAACGUAAAAGUGUUUGGCGACAACUCUGAAAAACCUCGAAAAUUAGACGUUGUAAAGGUUAAAAUUAAAAACGCCCAUUCUAACGAUUAUUCCGUAAUCGAAGCGUAUGUUAUGGACAUGAUAUGCUCACCUCUAUCUAACCAAAGAGUCGAUUUAGCGCAAACCCUUCUCCCAAACAUUUGUCUUGCUGACAACAACGCCUCUGACAAUAAACAGAUCGACGUUCUUAUAGGUGCAAAUUAUUAUUGGAACUUUGUAACAGGACAAAUUAUAAAAACCGAGAACGCUCUUACCGCUGUUCAAACUAUCCUUGGUUGGACUCUUAACGGAAAUGUGCGGGCAUCUUCUUCGACUGUUAACGUUGCACACGUUUUACUUUUGCAUGGCGGGCACGAACUGUCAACUGAUAAUCUAAAGAAAUUUUGGCAAAUCGAGGACAUAAAUGAAGUAGAUACUACGUUUAACAUAGGUAAAUUCAGCGAGAAAAUUGAUUUCGAUGGAGAAAGAUAUUCCGUCCCAUUACCAUGGAAACAAGAUCAUGAACAGAUACCGGACAAUUUCCAAAACAGCCGAAAUCGGUUAACAUCAGUCUUCCGCCGACUUAAGGCUAAGCCCGAGCUUCUGCAACAAUACGACGACAUCAUUAAACAGCAAAAACGUGACGGUAUCAUCGAGCAGGUGACAGAGCCGCCACCUCCGCCAGGUAAAGUCCAUUACUUGCCCCAUCAUUACGUCUUAAAGGAAGAUAAGUCCACAACCAAGGUGCGCAUUGUUUACGAUGCUUCUUCAAAUUCUCCGUCACUCAACGAUUGCUUGGAAAAGGGUCCUUCUCUUCUUCCUCUACUUAUGGACAUCCUUAUCCGUUUUAGGACCUACAAGGUUGCGGUAGCAAGCGACAUUAAACAAGCAUUUUUAAAUGUGGCGAUCAACACACCUGAUCGUGACUUCUUACGCUUCCUAUGGUUUGACGAUAUAACAAAAGAAAAUCCUCAACUCAUGAUAUACCGAUACACUCGUGUAAUCUUUGGAAUGAACGCUUCACAGUUCCUUUUAGCUGCAUCAAUUAUAAAGCACUUGGAGAAAUACCAAAGUGCCGACACUGACUUUGUGCUAGCUUUCUUAGAAAACCUUUAUGUCGACGACAGCAUUGGCGGAGGAGAUACCAGCGAUCAGGUGUUCACAUUUUACCAAAAAGCAAAAGCACGGCUUAAGGAAGCUGGUUUAAUCUUACGAAAAUGGCUUUCUAACAGUCCAACUCUCCAAUCGCAAAUCUCCAAAUUCGAAAUUGAGGAUCCAGCUCCUCCCGAUGAAAAAAUCUUGGGCAUCACAUGGGAUACGGCCAAUGACGAAAUGGAAAUGGACCUGUCAAGACAAAAACAGUUAGCUCAAUCCGACGUCCUUCUAACUAAACGCAACAUCCUAAAAAUCAUCGCAUCGAUUUACGACCCAGUCGGUUUGGUUUCGCCCCUCGCUGUACCGGUUAAGGUAUUCUUCCAGAAGUUAUGCACAACCGUAAACGAUUGGGACACUGAGGUUAGUGAGGAAUUAAAGGACGAAUGGAAUUCGUUAAUACAGUUAUUUUCAAUCUCGUCGAAAUAUCGAUUGCCACGUUAUUACUUCGCUAACUAUCCUUUAAGUGAUUUGAAAGACAUCACCCUGCAUGGCUUUUGUGAUGCAAGUAAAAGAUCAUACGCUGCUGUUGUCUACAUUAUUGGAACGUUAGAGGCAUUGUGUGUAGUAAAACAAAAUCAGUCGUUAGGUAGCGCCGUUCCAGUAGCUUUGAAAUUUUGUUGGAGCGACUCAAUUGAUGCCCUAUGUUGGGUUAGAAAUAAUAAUUCUAGUAAGCAAUUUGUUAAGAACAGAGUGACAAAAAUUAGGGAUUUAACGCCUCCAGCUAUGUGGAGAUUUUGUCCCGGAAAGUUGAAUCCUGCUGAUUUACCAUCUCGUGGUGUGAACAAGGCGAAUAAAAACAAUUGGUUUCAAACAUGGACUGUCGGACCUAGUUUUAUAUAUGAAGAUCAACUACAAUGGCCGGAAGAACCAAAUAAUAAUAAAAUAAAAAUUACAAGUAGCAUAUUAAAUUCAAGAACUCUACCUAUCGAGGAGCUGGUCAACUCCACAUCUGUAAACCUACUACGAAUAUUUGACGUCGAACGAUUCAGCUCAAUGCACAAACUUUUGCGCGUUACAGCUUACGUGAUUAAAUUUAUUGAUUGUCUAAAAUCUCGAAUUAAUGGUAACGUAUCGAAACAAACCUUGUUGUCAACUGAAGAUCUUGAACAUGCAGAACUUUUGUGGGUUAAAACAUGUCAAAAGGACUUAACAAGCCGUUUAAAUCAGUUAAAUAAUACUCUUGGGCUUUUUAUUGACAAAGAUGACAUCAUCCGCUGCAAAGGACGACUCCUGCAUGCCAACUUGCCUAACGACCCUAAAUAUCCCAUCUUGUUGCCUGGUGACUCGUACCUAUCAACGUUAAUUAUACGAAGAGUCCACCAACAAACCUUUCAUGCAGGUGUGAAACACACGCUUUGUCGCAUUCGAGAAAAAUAUUGGAUUCUGCAAUGUCGAAAAUAUGUACAUGCUAUUGUAAACAAAUUUGUUUACUGUAAAAGGUUGUUUGGGAAGGCUUACAAGUCUACAGAAUCUGCCAACUUACCCCCCUUUCGUGUUUCUACAAGCUAUCCAUUUCAAUCUACAGGAGUGGAUUACUGGGGACCACUCAUGGUCAAACCUAUAUUUAACGAAGAUCAAAGUGCAAUGUUUCCGGUACAUGUUGCACUAUUUACCUGCGCUGUUACUAGUGCAGUCCAUCUGGAUGUAGUACCUGAUCAGUCAGCCUCGUCGUUUAUACGAACUUUAAAAAGAUUUAUAGCCAGAUGCGGCAUACCUACGUUAAUGAUUUCCGACAACGCAACGUGCUUUAAAAACGAAGAACUUAGGUUAAGUGAAGAGUUAUCUAAAUUAAACGUAAAAUGGAAAUAUAUAGUUGAAGCAGCCCCAUGGUGGGGCGGAUUUUGGGAACGUUUGGUUCAAUCUGUUAAAAGGUCAUUAACAAAGGCCUUGUUUCGAAGUAGUAUAUCUUAUGAAGAACUUCAAACGGUGCUAUGCGAAGUUGAAAGCUUUCUUAACUGUAGACCUUUAACAUACGUCUAUAACGAUGACAUCGAAGAGGUGCUCACUCCAUCACAUAUAAUGCAUGGUCGCAACAUAUGUAGGCCUUGUGUUCAGUCUGGAGAUGCGGACGAACUUGAUAGCAAGGCAAAACUUUCAAAACGAAUGAUGUACAUAAUGACCUUAAAGGAGCAUUUUUGGAAUCGAUUCAGUAACGAAUACAUAACCAAUCUGAGAGAGCUUCACGCACAAGGACCAAGUCACAGUCGUUCUGUUGAGCUUGGAGAAAUAGUCAUUAUUCAUUCUGAUAAGAAGUGCAUCAAUUGGCGUAUGGGAAAGGUGACGUACCUUAUUACGAGCAGGGACAAUAACAUGCGUGCAGCUAUAGUUAAAGUGUUUACGCCGUAUACCAAAGUCAUUAACUAUAUGAAGCGACCAAUUGAAAAAUUGUAUCCCUUAGAGGUAAAGAGCGUUGAAUCUGUGAGUUACGAGGAGAAACAAGAAAGUAUGAAAAUUAUGGACAGUGAUAUGACAGUUAUAGCCGAUGACACUGCAACAGAACGCCCCAGAAGGAUUGCAGCAGACAAUUGCAUUCUUAUACGACGCAUUCUGUACUUGUUGAACACUUUUGUUCAAGGGGGGAGUGCGUCAGAUCUCUCUGGUGGAGAGCCUCCCUCACUUUGGAUAUAUUUGUGUGUAGUUUAUGACUAUUCUGCUAGCUGUUUAUUUAUAUCUGGCUUAAAAGUGAAAAAUUCUGUAAGUCAUGUAGAAGUUUGA